AAAUAUGGCUGCGCCCAAUCGACAAUCUGUGCAUGCGACAAAAGUGGUUCCAUGGUUGGACAGAAACGAGUUUCUUGGUGUUUACAGUGAUCUGUUCAGUGAUGAUUUACAGAUAAGAAGGUACGGCGUUGACAAGGUAGCCGUAUGGAAAAGCCGAGUUCAGCAAGACCUAUCAAUCGCGAUUGAAAGUUCGGCAGCUUUGAUUUCCGUUUUGUGUGACCACGAAGAAGCACAAAAAGCCGGAACCACAAGGUACCUCGACGACCGACUUCGCUCGAUGUACAGCAUGGCACUUAUUCGGUUUGUGAACCACGUGACUCAGCGAGGCCAGACGAAGUAUUACGCCAUGCCGGUGCACGAGCUGGCGCUGCAGUGCGGAAUCCCGCUGUGGAUCGUGCGCCUGCGACACGACGCCACCCACAGGAACCUACCGUCACUCGACUUGCUGUAUUCGGGCGCUAUCUUGGCACUGCAGUGGUUGCAUUCCGACUUCUGGAUUAGCAAUUUGCCAGAGACACUCACAGACCAACUGGACGAUGACGAGUCGGCCAAUACAGUUGCCAGCAGAUCUCGUCUUCGGCGUAUCAUACAAACAUUUGCAGACGCGAGAUGCAGAGAGCUGCAAACAUCUCCUGAUAUUAAUUCACAUGAGCACGAAUUAAUGGUUGAGCUACAGAAUUGUCUGACAGAAACAAACAAAAAACAUCUUAUUUCCAGCAUUAUGGAUGAUGGACAUGUGUUUUCAAAUAAGUAUUUUGACCUGUUGGACAUAAAUGAAGAGGAUGUUGCAUGUUCAGGUUUAUUGCUUCCUGCACAAUUAUUCAAUUUGUGGCAGCCACUCUUACGCACGUUAAAUAAAUUGAAUUUACUGUCAUCAUUGUGUGAGAUGAUGAUACGUACACUCACCAACGAUAGCACUCUCAGGAAUCGCCUAGUCGCCGGCUGGCUGCUUGCAGUUUGCCGUGAUGGUCUGGGCUGCAAGAAGUUGUUCAACGGACGUACUCUCAUCCCUUGGAAACAGCUGCUUCUGUUGUGUCUUCAGAAUCCAAACCAGUUUACCCACAGUGUUACUGAGAUUCUUAUUAAAAGGACUGACAAGGGACAGUUCCACGAGAAAGCAGAACUGCUCAGAUGCCUGUUGUCUGUGUAUAACACUGAUGCUCCCAUUACAGCCGACUACCAUCACGAUGGUAGCACCUACAGUAUUGGUGAUAUAUCGGCCCUGGCACAACCACGCAGAAUAGGAACUGGUUCCGAAGAGCAUUCUUCCGAUCCAGAAUUGUCCAGUGUUGGAGGUAUGUGGCAGUUAAGCCACAUUCAUACUAAAUGGUCCUCAAUUCCGUUUGGAGUACUUCCAGGACAAAACCUCACGUACGGCAGCUUGGAGCUUAGUGGUGUUGAUACCGACACUGGUGUCACAAAUGCAGAUCACAGUACUGAGGACAGAGUUGGCCGACGAGAAGACUUUGACAUGAUGGACACACUUACUGACACAGAAAUUAACAACCAUAAUCCAUGGUCUUUAGAACACACAGAAACAUUGAAACAGACAGUUGUUUUGUUUUGAAAAUGAUUGUCUUAAAUGAGUUUCCGUGAUUGUAGUUUCAUUCAUUCAAUGAAAUAAAAGUGUUUUGAUAAAGGUA